AUGGCUCUGGAAACAUGGGUGAUCAAGGUGAAAACCGCCCUAUCCCACGGCUUCGACGCCGUCAAGUCCGGCGCGCCGCACCCAAAGCUGCUCGGCGGCAAGAAGCGGAGCGUCGGCGUCUUGGCCUUCGAGAUCGCCGGGCUCAUGUCCAGGCUCCUCCACCUGUGGCAGUCCCUCUCGGACAAGAACGUCGUCCGCCUCCGCAACGAGUCCAUCUCCCUCGAAGGCGUCCACAAGAUCGUCUCCAACGACGAGGCCUUCCUCCUCGGCCUCGCCUGCGCGGAGAUGGUCGAGAGCCUCCGGUAUGCGGCGAGAGCCAUCGGCGUCCUCGGCAAGCGUUGCGAAGAUCCGAACCUUCAGGACUUCGAAUGGUUUCUUGGCGAGUUCGCGAACACCGGACGCGACUCGAACCACUGGAGCCUGAGCUACAAGGACAUGGAGAUUUUGACGAAGAAGAUGGAUCGGUACGUCACCGCGACCACAACGUUGCACCGAGAGAUAGAGGAGCUCUCAGUACUGGAGAGCAGCUUGCGAAAAACUCUCCAGCUUCACGAACAGCAACACGACUCGUCUUCGCUGUCGCUGUCGUUGUCGUUGAAAGAACAGAAGAUCAUCGAACUGCAACAGAAGAUAACGCUUCAGAAGCAGGAGAUCAAGUGCGUCAGAGAGAAAUCUUUGUGGAACCGGAGCUUCGAUUCGGCGACUUUGACGUUAGCGAGGUGUAUAUUCACGAACCUAGCCAGGAUCAAGCUCGUCUUCGGGCUCGGAAAUCGUUACAUCAUUGCCAAUCCAUCAUCUCUACCGCGCAGCUUGUCGGCUUCGGCGACCGUUCAUCCGACCGAAAAUCCUAACCACUUCAUAUCAGGACCGUUGAGAAGCCCCAAGCAAGAGGAUCACCGGAAAAACGAUACCGACGAUUCUUCGGCCAAUGCCUUCUUCGAGUCUUAUUCCAAGCUCCUGAAGCCGCCGCCCACGACGCUGGGCGCCGCGGCGCUCGCGCUCCACUACGCGAACCUGAUCAUCGUGAUGGAGAAGAUGAUCAAGUCGCCGCAGCUGGUCGGCGCGGACGCGAGGGACGACCUCUACGCGAUGCUGCCGAGCAGCGUGCGGUCGGCGCUGCGGGCGCGGCUGAGGGGGGUCGGGCUGUGCCGGGCGGGGGACCCGGCGCUGGCCUCGGAGUGGCGGGACGCGCUGACGAGGAUCCUCGGGUGGCUGGCCCCGCUGGCGCACAACAUGAUCAAGUGGCAGAGCGAGAGGAGCAUCGAGCAGCAGAACACCGACCUGGUGCAGCGGACGAACGUGUACCUGCUGCAGACGCUCUACUUUGCGAACACGGAGAAGGCGGAGGCGGCGAUCACGGAGCUGCUGGUGGGGCUGAACUACAUCUGGAGGUUCGAGAGGGAGAUGACGGCCAAGGCCUUGUUCGAUUGCACCAACUUGGGUGGUCUGAUCAAUAAUAUUCCAAUCACAUACAGUUAG